AUGAAGCUCGCCAUCAACCAGCUCAGUGAACUCUGGGUUUUCCUAUCCAUGAAUGAAGCACAUGUGCUACUGUUUGAGGGAGACGUAGUGACUCUGCGCUGUAAGCCUCGUCCUCCUGGAUAUGAGAAGAAAGUCACUUUCUACAGAGAUGGAUCGCCUCUUGAAAUGGACAGAAACCAUCAAUCCCAUAUAAUAUCAGACACUGCUGUAGAAAUGAUUUAUUCAGUGUCAGUGUCAGACAGCGGUGCUUAUAAGUGUAAGUUUGAUGGAGGAGGAGAAUCAGAAAAGAGACAACUACAAGUGGAAGGUAGACGCAGGAUUACACUGACAGCAGACAGUUACACCAUACGAGGACAGCAGAGUGUGACUCUGACCUGCUAUGUGGAGGACUCUGCUGGCUGGAAAUAUCAGUGGUUCAGACAAACCUCAACAGAUUCUGGAAAAGUUCUUCAGACAGCAAACGUUGGUGAAUCAGACAGACUCAGGAUCUCACAGGGAGGCAUUUACACCUGCAGAGGAUGGAGAAGUGACCCAGAUGCCGUCACACCUGAAAGUAAUGCAGUCACUAUUCAGGAAACUGUUAAGGCUGUUGUGACUCUGCAACCCAACGGUCCUCUGAUAUACAGUGGUGAGACAAUCACUGUCAGAUGUGAGAUAGAGAGAGGUGGAAACACUGGAUGGGAAUAUGAAUGGAGUGAAAACAAUGUGGUCUCACCUCAGAAAGAUAAAGAAUAUAGAAUCAGUGCUUCUUCAUCCAGUUAUAUAAUCUUCAUGUGUAAGGGUAGAAGAGAUUUCUAUUUCUCAACAGAGUGGAGUGAAACCGUCACACUGAGACGAUCAUUGAAUAAAGCCGAGCCGACACUGACAGCAGACAGCUACAUCAUACCAGUAGGAGGCAGUGUGACACUGACCUGCUCUGUGGAUUCCUCUGCUGAUUGGAAAUACUACUGGUUUAGACGUGACUCAGGUUCUUCUGCUCUUCAGUCCAUAACAAAUGUUAAACCAGUUAACAAGGUCUCAGAAGGAGGCAUCUAUCAGUGCAGAGCAGGAAGAGGAGACCCAGAGAUCUUCACAGAGGACAGCAGAGCAGUCACUGUUUGGAAACAUGUUUCCAACAAGGCUGUUGUGACUCUGCAACCCAACGGUCCUCUGAUAUACAGUGGUGAGACAAUCACUGUCAGAUGUGAGAUAGGAGGUGGAAACACUCGAUGGGAAUAUGAAUGGAGCAGAAACAACAUGGACAUAUCUCACAAAGAUAAUGAAUACAAGAUUAUCAGAGCUUCUGUUUCCCACAGUGGAAACUACAGGUGUAAAGGUAGAAAGGACUCAUAUUCCUCAACAGAGUGGAGUGAUGUCUUCACAUUGACAGUAUCAUCAAAUAAACCCAAACCCACACUGACAGCAGACAAAACCAUCACACCAGUAGGAGGCAGUGUGACACUGACCUGCUCUGUGGACGGUUCUGCUGACUGGAAAUACGACUGGUUCAGACAAACCUCUGAGUCUUCUGCACCUCAACUCAUAAGAAAUGUUAACCUGAACAGAGUCAUAAGUGUUUAUCAAGGAGGCAUCUACUACUGCAGAGGAGGAAGAGGAGGAGGAAGAGGAGACUCAGUCUUCUACACAGAGGACAGCAACACAGUCACUAUUCAGGAAACUGUCCCAAAUAAGGCUGCUGUUGUGACUCUUCAACCCAACUGGACUGAGAUAUACAGCGGAGAGACGAUCAUGCUGAGAUGUGAGAUCCAUGAUGGAGACACAGAGUGGGAGUAUGAAUGGAAGAGUCCCCGUUACACAUCUACAAAUAACAAUGAAUACAUGAUUAGCAAAGCUUCCUCAUACGACAGUGGAAACUACAGCUGUAGAGGCAAAAAGAAAAAUGCACAACAUGUUUCAGAGUGGAGUGCUGACAUCAAAUUGACAGUAUCUUAUAAUAAACCAGCACCUGUCCUCACUGUGUCUCCAUUAUGGCUGAGUCCUGGAGACUCAGUAACUCUGAGCUGUGAGGUUGAACAUCCAUCUGCAGGAUGGAGGUUUUACUGGUAUAAGACUGUUCCCAAACUAUCAGACAACUCCUACAUCUAUGAGCUGCUACCUGGUAGCAUCAAUGGGAUUGUGCAGAAUAUCUACACUGUUAACGGGUCGACACACACAGCAGGAUAUAAGUGUAGAGCUGGAAGAGGAGACCCAGUGUAUUACACUCGAUACAGCAAACCUGGGUUUGUUUGGUCUGGAGAUGUUCAUUCAGCAGUGACUCUCAAAGUGAGUCCUGACAGAGUGCAGCACUUCACCUCUGACUCUGUCUCACUGAGCUGUGAAGGAAACUUUACUAAGUGCAGAGUGAGGAGGUUUUCUGAGGACUACUCAGACUGUUAUAAGUGGAGGUCCAUAACUGGAUCCACAUGCAACAUCAAGAGAUAUCAGCAGAGUGAUGCAGUGUACUGGUGUGAGUCUGGAUCAGGAGAGUUCAGCAAUACAGUCAACAUCACUAUACAGAAAGCAGAUAUUAUCCUGGUGAGCCCUGUGCAUCCUGUGACUGAGGGACAGUCUGUUACUCUUGGCUGCAAACUGAGGACAGGAGAAUUACCUUCCAACGUGUUUUUCUAUCAAAAUGACAAACUUAUCCAAAGUGAUACCAGAAGAGAGCUGAAUAUCUCUGCAGUGUCAAAGUCAGACGAAGGUUUCUACAAGUGUAAAUACUCAGGAGAAGAAUCAGCACAGAGUUGGAUGUCAGUUCAGGCAGUGUCCAGGCCUGAAAACUCUUCAUCUCUUAUACCAUUAAUUGUUGGGCUGGUUUGUGGAGUUGUAUUUAUUAUUCUACUGAUCCUGUUGUAUCUCUACAGACGAUCCAAAGGUUCUCUCUUUAUCAGACCAAUCCAGCCUGAGAGCACCAAUCAGAAUGAAACUCAACAUAAUGAAAACUCCUCUUCUCUUCAUGAUGCAGAUGAAUCCCAGAAUGUCACAUAUUCUUUGAUCGAGCUUAAAAACUUUGCUAAGACGGGAAAGCGUCAAAUAACAGUGGAGAGCUCUGUUUACGCUGAGGUGAAGACAGGAUCUGCUGCAGAUGACGGUCUAACGUAUGCUCAGGUUAACCAUGACAUUAAAGGCAAAGCCAAGAAACACAAAGGAAAAUCAGCUCCUGCAGCAACUGAUGAAGCUGUUUAUUCUGAAGUUAAACCAGGAACAGCUCAUGGUAAUAAUUCUGUCAUGUUAUGUUCAGACUGUAAUAAUUAAUCAUACUGAUAAUUAGAUGAAUAAUCUCAUAUUGCGAUUUCCAAAGCAUUAAAUUCUGAAUAACCAAACACAUCUAUCUUU